UAUCUUUUUGUUUAUCUUAAUCUCUCUCUCUCUUCAGUCUCUCCUCAGGUGUUUCUGCUGCAGAAGUCUUCCUCGUCUCCAGUCACGUGUCAAGCUACGGGUUUUUACCCCAAAGAAGUAACAAUCUCCUGGCAGAAAAAUGGACAAGAUCAUGACGAGGAUGUGGAUCUUGGACAACUUCUUCCCAAUGAAGACGGGACCUUUCAGAAGACAAGCACCAUCACAGUUACACCUGAUGAGCGGAAGAACAACCAGUACAGCUGUGUGGUGGAGCAUCAGGGCGAAACCAUCAGAGAGAUCCUGACAGACGAUGCUGUCCCCAUCGGCAUCAUUGUUGGUGUUGUUGCUGCUGUCCUCCUGUUGGUUAUCAUUGCUGUUGCUGGGUAUAAGGUCUAUCAGAAAAAGAAAGGCUUCAAACCUGUCAAUGCCUCUGAUGAUGGCUCUAACAGCUCAGCUCAUACAGAUCCAAAAGCAUAAAGAUGAGACCAGAUGAGUGCGAGAGAUGAAG